CACACACAGACCGACAGACAGACUCACAGCCCACUCACUCCUGCAGCAGCAGCAGCAGUACCAGUACCACCAGCACCGGUACCAGCAGUACCAGUACCAGUGCUCCUCCUAUCGGAUGCCUCGGUCAGUGCAGUGAAGCAGGUGAAAAUGCUGGAGAACGGACGGAAGGUGAUGAAGGAGGGUCUGCUGGAGAAGCGCAGCGACGGUCUGCUGCAGCUGUGGAAGAAGAAACACUGCGUCCUGACGGAGGACGCCGUGCUGCUGCUGCCGCCCAAACAGCACGACCACCAGCAGCUGCAGCUGCAGCAGCAACAGCAGCAGCAGCAGCAGCAGCAGCACGGCGGCGGCGGCGGCGGGGACACGGGCAGAGUCAAGGAGCUGCACUUCGCCAACAUGAAGACGGUGGACUGCGUGGAGAGGAAAGGCAAGUACGUCUACUUCACGGUCGUCACCAUGGAGGGCAAGGAGAUCGACUUCAGGUGUCCGCAGGACGAGGGCUGGAACGCGGAGAUCACCCUGCAGAUGGUCCAGUACAAGAACCGCCAGGCCAUCCUGGCCGUCAAGUCCACCCGCCAGAAGCAGCAGCUGCUGGUCGUCCAGAUGCCCGGCCAGAAGUCGGUCCGCAGCACCGCGAACGUGGCGUGACCGGCGGCGCGUCAAUAGCGGUAAGAGGGUUGAGAGGAAGAGGGGGCUCCCCCCCCCGACCCCCCCUCACCCCCCGUCAUGAC